AUGAUUCCAGGUUCCGAGAGGCACAGGGCGGCGGUGGUGCUGGCGGUUACUCAGCUCGUUAACCCUCCUGUUGGUGAAGGUGAAGACGCUGGUGGAAACUGGGUCCCUGGAGGAGCUAGCGGUUACUCUGCUGGUUCCCCUCUUGUUGGUGAAGACGAAGGACCUAGCGGUGGCAGGGUCCCUAGAGGAGCUGGUGGUUACUCUGCUGGUUCCCCUCCUUUUGUUGAAGGCGAAGCUGGUGAUUACUCUGCUGGUUCCCCUCCUUUUGCUGCUGGCGAAGGCCCUGGCAGUCGCGGGGUCCCUUCCGGAGCUGGCGGUUACUCUGCUGGUACCCAUCCUUUUGUUGAAGGCGAACGUCCUGGCACUCGCGGGGUUUCUUCAGGAGCUGGUGGUUACUCUGCUGAUUACCCUGCUGGUGAAGGAGCAGGUGGUCGGUCUGGAGGCGCUGGUAGAAACUCGCUCGGUGCUGAACGUGCAUUGGCAGUGGAGGCGCUUGUAUUAGUGCCGGAUUGA